GAUGGGAAAUUGUGUGUUCAAAGGGUUUGGAGAGGCAGAGGAGAUGGUGAAGGUGGUGACUUCCAGCGGGGGAAUAAUGGAGCUCUAUGCCCCAAUCACAGCCAACGCCAUAACCACCGAGUUCCCAGGCCACGCCAUCUUCAAAUCCCGCGACCUCUUCGCCCAACCUCUCCUCCACAACGAAGAGCUUCAUCCCAAAGAGCUCUACUAUCUCCUCCCUCUCAACCCCUACAAGUCCACCCCGAAAGACCACGAAAACAUCAACGUAAACCCCAACGGCGCAGUUUCUACGCCGUACCGCAUGUCGUGCGACAGCCAAGGGUUGCUUAGGAAGAGGGCAGACCCCGAAGUGUUUCCGAGGUACAAUAGUAGCGGGGUUUGGAAGGUGAAGCUUGUAAUAAGCCCGGAGCAGCUGUCGGAGAUUUUGUCGCAGGAGGCUCGCACCGAGGCUUUGAUUGAGAGUGUGAGGACGGUGGCCAAGUGCGGCACCGGAGGGAACUCGUCGGCGGCGGGUUCGGAUCAGUGGAGUGUGUCUAGCAGUUGGAAGGAGUCGGCAUCAUGAAAAAAAGUAUGGUCAUGUAGAUAUAAUAUAUAAUUAAUGUAAUGUUGAGAUCAUAUAUUUAGA